GUUGCGCGCGCAAGUAGUGAAGGUCAAUCUCUCCUAGAAACAUCUGACUUGAAAGUUUUAAAGAUUAAUACAAGCAGUGAUGAGAAAAGAAGAGGUUCUUUGUUGAAAAUGGCAGAUAUAGGUGGUAAUUACGUAUCAUUUUUUGUUGUGGUUUUGGGUAUUAUAUUUUUGGAUGUUUUCUGUGUUGUUACUUCAACUACGAAUCCACCAAUUAACACUUCUUUUGGAGGAUCCUCAACUACUACUCCAUGGCCACAAUUAGGAGCUAAGAAACAACAUAAUAAUCAACAAAAAAUCAUUCCUCAACCAAAUAAUCAAAAUACUCAGUUAUCUUAUAAUACUCAAAUUAAUUCAAAACAAAAUCUACCUCAAAGACUUAAUAGUCCCAAUUAUGCUGAUGGUGCACAUAGUGGACUUGCACUGUCUUAUGGACCGGGUCAAGCUGUGCUUGUACCACAAUCAAAACCGCAAAAUAAUUUUCAAAAUCAAAAACAAAAUUUGAAUCAAAAUCAAAAUUUAAAUCAAAACCAAAAUUUGAAUCAAAAUCAAAAACAAAAUAUAAACCAACAACAAAAUUUGAAUCAAAAUUUAAAUCAAAAACAAAAUUUGAAUCAAAAUUUAAACCAAAAUCAAAAUGUUCCUCAAGGUGUUUGGGCAAAUAGUGGAAAAACCCAACAGGUUAUUAACAGCUUAACACCUUCAACUACAAAACCUGUUGUUUCUAAUUUAAUUACUCCAAAACCUACCGUUCAAACCCCGUCUUCAACUACAGGGUCGCUAAAGUCAAGUACAUCUAAUGAGAAACAAACGUUUUCUUCAACUCAAAAUCCAAGCGUUUCAACUGAAAAAUCAAGCGGUGAUGAUGAGGAGUUACGUCAAUUUUUCGAACAGUUGAUUAAAAAAGACGCUGGAAAUACUGCUCAACAUGUUACAGUUAAUUAUCAAGGAAAAACUACAUCGAGGUCAGCAAUUGAUGAAGCACCAUUACCAUUAUUGAAUAUAAAUCCAGCCGCUUAUCAAGUUUCAUCAAUUUCGAAACUACUGGCCCUUCAUAACAAUUAUAUCUUAGAAACAAACGUAAAUGAACACGUUACACCUCAAGAAAGAUUAGAAGAAAAUGAUUUAUUAGAUAGUAUAAUAAAUAGUGCUGUGAUGCAAUCUGCUAGAAAUUUUUUGGUACAAAAAGGAAUUGUAUCGAAAGAUCCCAAAGAUUUUCGUGAUAAAUUAAAGGAAAUGUGGUUUAGUAUGUACUCAAGAGGAGGUGGUAGAAUCGGAUCUAGCGGAUUCGAACAUGUCUUUUUGGCGGAAAUUAAAAAUAGCGAUGUUACCGGAUUGCAUAAUUGGCUUUAUUUUAAGGAUGCUGAAGCGAAAGGAUUAGCUAAUUAUUUGGGAUACAUGAGAAAAAUUGAUUUGGGAAAUAAAGGAUCUAUUUUAAAACAUCAUUUUACUUUUAAUGGUCAUGAUAAACCAGUUGGAUCAAUGUUUAUAGGGACAAGUCCUGAACUUGAAAUUGCGUUGUACUCAACUUGUUUCUUACUCAAACCAGACCAAGUUUGUCCUAUGAGAUUUGAUGGAAAGAACUUUAUCAUAAGAACUUAUACGUUUAGAUACAGGGGUAAAAAUAUGAUUGGAAGUGCUUUCCCUGAAAUAUAAGAACUUAAAUUUUAUAAAAGUCAUUUUAUAAUUUUUUAUACUGAUGUAAUGGCUGUAAAACUUUUAAAUAAAUUAAU